GGGGCAGAUAAUUCCCGAUUCCCGAUUGUGUAAGACUCCGAUUGUAAAUGAUGAAAUACAAACUGUGUGCGCAGCUAUGUGUAGGAUAUUUAUUCAAUAAUAACAUUUCAGUUUAGUUUUUACUUUCGUUUUGAGUGCACAGAGGAGGAUGCCUGUUGGUAGGAUGAUGUGUUACAGAAACUUUUUGUCAAAAACGAGAAAUAAGCCUGCUUAUCUUUACAAAAACUUGUUAAAGACCGAGUUGGGAUUUGUCAGCUUACCACCAUCAGCUUCUCAGCAUUCGUUGAGUGCGGAGUCGAAUCGUAUAGCUAUUAAAAAAACAAUCUCAACACCUCCAGAGUUACAAGAACUUCUGGUGGAUGCUAGAAGAGUGGAUCCAUCAACCAUGAAACAAGUACACUAUCUGGAUACCCUGGCAGUGGCCAAAAUGCUCGAGAAACAUGGAUUUAGCCGGGAGAACUCUGAAGGGUUGACACAAUGUCUUGCAGAUGUAGUGAGCACAACACUGGAACAUCAAGCCCGACAUAUGGUCAUGAAACCACAACAGGAAAUCGUAGUACAGCAGAUGAUGUCUGAGAUUUCGUCAGUGAAGAAAGACAUGGUUCUCCUACAGAAAACUGAAUUCUCCACGCUGAGAAAUGAAACAGAGAAACAAGCAUUGGAGAUAAGCCAAGUGAAGGACAUGCUGCAGGAUGAGAUCAUCAAGAUAUCUGGCAAGAUCACGCUCGACAUCAACCUGGAGCGCGGCCGGGCUCUUGAAGCACAUGCAGAAAAUGAGAAGAAGCUGCAACAGUUACACAACAAGAUUGAGAUGGAGGUCGCCCACCUGAGAACAACGUAUGAACAGUACAGGAAUGAUGUCUUCAAAUAUGCAGCAGGUACUGUGUUGACGUGUGCUGGACUUUGUCUUGGAAUUAUUCGUAUGUGGUCUCACUGACAUCAGCUAUUGGAGUUCUCUUGUGGUCCAACAGUUUCAGACAUAUCGUCCAUCAAUAUUAUACUGCUAGUCAGACAGUUUCAGACCUGUACUUUUUUUCAACAGUUCUAGUGGAAUGACUGUGUAGAUUUCCUCUCACAAAUCCAUGGUACUGGCUUUAGUUUGUUUAGUACGAGCGAUGGCAUAUACACAUGUAUGUACCUACACUGAAAUGCUAGAAGUGCAUCAUAAAUCACACACCAUAAUACCCAGUUUUAAUCGUUAGUAUCUUAAUUAAAAGAAGAAAGUAACUAAUUUUAACGUAAAGAUGCACCCAUUUCCACAAAAUGUGAUCAGAUCCAUAUACAGUGAAACCUCUCAAAACCAGACCCUCUGUAAACCGAAAUUCCAUCAAAAGUGGAUGUUUUUAAUGGUUCCUUAUUAAAUAUUUGUGCAGAAGAGAACCUCUGUAAACAGGAUACCUUUUAUAACUGGAAUUUUUACUUGGUUGGAAGCUUGUCCGGUUUAGAGGGGUUUCACUGUAAAUGUAAAUAAAUUUGUUAGUAUUGCUAUUUCAGAGAUCUGAGAAAUCCCAAGUCGGUCGGCAGUAAAUAUUACUAGCUUUUAGCUGAGUUUUUAUACUUUUAUCCAUAGAUUGAUACAGGUUUUGACUCUUUGGUUAGUGAGAAAGAAGAGGGUGUAGUGGCCUUACGAGCUCGUACACCUACCCAUUGAGUCGUUAAAAUUCGCUUUAGCUGGGAGCCAGUACCAGGCUGUGAACCCUGUACCUACCAGCCUUAUGUCCAAUGGCUUAACCACGACACCACCAAGGCUCGUCCAGUUUUGACAGGGAUCCAAUGCACACCAUCCCUAGUUUCACACACCAUACACCUUUUGAUGUCUUUGGCCUAGUUGCAGAAUCAUCGGCCUUGGUAUCUAGAAUCUGUGUGGUCCUUAACCAUAUGUCUGACGCCAUAUAACCAUAAAUAAAAUGUGUUGAGUGCGUCAUUAAUCAAACAUUUCAUUCUUGCUUUGUGGUAUCUAGAAUUUGCCAUUGCCCCUUGUUAAUCCCUAAUUUGUUUAGACAAACUGUUUACUUCAUAUCUAUCUGUUGUACCUUCACGAUUACUUGUUUUGAGAUUUGAAAAUGAGAACCCUGUGUGGAUGAAUGUAACUAAUUAUGGUAAAGUGAAACCAGUCUAAAGUGGACCCUGAAGAAACCGGAAUCCUGUCAAAACCGGCCAAGUUUCAUGGUCCUGAUUUUUAUAAAUUCUAAAACGUGACCCUGAAAACACCGGAUCCUACCUAACUCUGAUAAAUAUUAGGUCUCUGGAGUGAUCUGGUUUAGACAGGUUUCACUGUAUUAUAUAUUCUGGUGCUAAUAUAAACAUGUCUGUUAUUUACAUGUCUCGAAUAUGUGUUUGUUUAAUGUUUAUUAACUCUUUCGUUUUGUAAUGGACAUGAUAUAGUUCAUAUAUAUUCAUACAGUGCCUUUCUUAAUAGAAUAUUUAACUACAACAAAAAAUGUUUUUAUUUAUUUGUGUGUGUGUGUGUGUGUGUGUGUGUGUGUGAGAGAGAGGCAUCUGAAAAUUUAAAAUUUGCUUAAACCAUUUAUGGGUUUCACAAAAACAAAUGUAGGUAAUCCUUUUUGUUUUUGCAUAGCCUGUUGUGACCUUGUAAAUGAUGUCAUAAAUUUAAUGCACAAAUUAAAAAUGGGCUACAUAAAAUUUUACUUGCAUACUUAUAUGUUCAGAUUUGUCAUAUAUGUGUCCAUAUGUUAUAUUAUUUAUAUUAUAAAGAUGAAUAUAAUUAUGUUGAAAAAUAAUAAAACAUUUGAUAAAAUCAA